AAAUUAAUGAAUAAAUUAAAUAUUACCUGACAUGAAUUUACAUUUAAAAUUUUUUACUACCAUUCACUCGUCGCAAAAAAGCAUAAGGGACCAAAGUUGCAUAUCAAGACACGCACCAUCAGGGUUGUUAAUAAUUAUCAUGCAUUUAUGAUUUAUCUUUUUGUACCUUUUCAGUCAUUAAAAUGAUUUAAUCAAUUCAAAUACAGAUGAUAAAUUUUCUUAAAAUAAAUAAAAUGCUAAAAUUUCGUAAGAAGUAAAGCGAAGUGGUGAAAUAAUUCGAUCAUGGCACAAUGUUAUAUUAUGCCGCACCUGCGCAAGUUAGCGAUUGCUCCCACCAAGAAGCUCCUCGUGCCUGCAACGUAGCCCAUCACGAAGAUCGAACCAGGGCCGCACGUUCUAUACUCACAUUGCAACCUGCCGGAUAACGACACGCGUGCCAAACGAAGCAAUUGCCCUCAUUUGCUUUGUCGUUUUAUUUGCAAAAAAAAAAUUAUUAUUAUCUCUAGUAUUUUUGCAUUCAUUCAUUAACUGCAAUAUUAUAUAUGUUAACUAUUACAUAAUUGUAUUAAUAAAUUUUACUUCCGGUUUUUCACUUUUUUUAUAAUACCAUAGAAUCUUAAUAGGAGAGUCUGUCAACACAUUUUCAUACAUGCGCAUCCGCAGAUCGCCUGGCAAUCGUGUGGAAUUUUACGAAGGAGUCAAUGGCCUUAUCGUAAGCCUCGAGGCUUCCUCCCACUGCGGACGGUCACGUGGAAGGGUGUGUGGUUAAUGCAGGAGCAACGAGAGUCCAGAAGAGUAAGAACGAGGGAAGAAAGAUAUCGUGGAAGUUAAAGGUGAUACGGAAAAAACAAUACAACUUAUUAAGGAAGAUAAGAAUAAAAUGAAAGAUUAAAUUCUCAUCGAUUUUGAAGAAUUAUUAAAAAUUUUUGGAUUUUGGGGUUUUCUGUAAUUAAUGUGAGUGUGAUUAAUUAAUUUAAGUAAGCAGUUUAAUAAAAUUGCGGCCUCGUAACAGUGAAAAAUUCUUAGAAGGUCAGUUACGUUUACCACAGAGCAGUAGAAAGGCUUUGGAAGUAGUGACAUUCGUUUAAGUGUCAGACGACAGCCACACGUUUGGACUUAAACCUAUUCUAGAUACUUCAGUGAUUAUGACUUAACGAUUAUUGAAUCAGACAUCAGUGUAUGUAAAUGUUUCAUUUUUGCCAACGCAGUUGAUAUCACAAGACGUGAAAGCAUAUUUUCGCAAUUUCAUAAACUAUAACAUUUAUAAACUUAGAAUUGAUAUUUGUGGAAUUUCUUGCGUGAAUUGUGGGACAUAAAAAUACAUUGAAGUUUAUUUAAUUUCCUGCAAAUUAAUUAAGACAUUUCAUUACCAAUUAAAGUAUUAUUCGUGUCAGUUGAUUGUUAAUUGAUAUUAAUAGAUAACUGUUCUAUGAAUCAAGAUGAUGGAGACACAGAAUUAUUGGGAUGAGACUUCAGCACAUUCGAUGCAGGUGAAAUAUGAAAGCUUGGAUGGCAGAUCGUGUAAAGAUGAAAUAUAUAGGAUGGGGAUAGGUGCAGGAUAUUGCGAAAGCAAUCUUAACUUCGCUACUGCUUCUGAAGACGAUGAAGUUUAUACGAAGAAGAAAGUUUCUAGACAAGAUCCCAUGUCGCAUAGAAUUAUCGAAAAAAGGAGAAGAGAUAGAAUGAACAACUGUCUGGCUGACCUAAGUAGGCUCAUACCCACUGAGUACUUGAAGAAAGGCCGGGGGAGAGUCGAAAAAACAGAAAUAAUUGAGAUGGCUAUUCGUCAUAUGAAAUAUCUUCAAGGUGUUCAUCAAGAUUCAAAGCAUACAUCCGCAACACCCGUUCAUACACAUCCAGAAGAUAGCAUUGAUAGUGUUUCACAUUCGACAUCUGCAUCAACAGCUGCUGAACAUUAUAGGUUGGGUUUUCAAGAAUGUCUAAGUGAGACAAUGCAUUUUCUUGUAGAGGCAGAAGGCUUUUUCGCACGAGAUUCUCUCUGUGUACAGUUAGUUAGCCACUUACAGCAGCAUUGCGAAAAAAUUGUUGCCACAAGUGACCGUCUUGGUUUUCCUCAUCCAGAACUGCCGGUAAUCAAUAGUACAAAUCCAUCAAGCUUUGUUCACACUAGUAUUCCCACCAUCUGUCCACCAAAUAGUCAAUCGGAUCAUGGCUCAAGUUCUGGAGUAAGCUCGUUCGGAGAUACAGAACGUCCAAGACCAAUUAUCCCUCCACCAACAGUUGUUAGUGAUGACAGUAAUCACAGCACACAUUCACAUACUCCACCUUCAUCUGGUCCGAGGCCAACAUCGAAUUACAAGUUUAAAAGUUCAAUUAAACAGAGAUUUUCUGCUGAAAGAAUAAAAUCAAGUCCGAUACCGACGUCAGAAAAAUCUCAUGGAGUACCAAUAUUUGCUUUGCACGAAGGUGGAGCUUUUUACGUACCUCUUACAAUUGAAUCUUCUCUUUUAAGGCCGCAUCUCACUUACGUUCCUGACACUGGACCAGAUACUGUUCUUCAUCCUGUCACUAUAUCUGUUAAUUUCAAUCAAGCGCCUUCAACUUGGGCUCAACAUCACAGUCCAACUCAUUCUGAUCAUUUAUAAUUAGAUUAAGAAUUUUCUGAAUAAAUUUAGAAAUAAAGAAUGCUUAAAUUACGAAUGCGUGAUUGUUCACUCGCAAACAGAGAAUGAAAUCAUCGAGUAAAUACAUUUAGGGAUAGUUGUUGAUUGAUGAAUUUAUUCUAUUAAGAAUUACAAUCAUCUACUGGUUCUAAAGCAAUUAUAUUAUAGACUAUUAAGAACAAAAAAAUUUCAUUCAGAAAAUAGAAAACCAAAUGGAACAAAAAUUUAUUCAAAAAGGUUUUAAGAUAAAAUAACGUAUUAAUCAAUUUUAAAAAAGGUGUUUAAGCAUUGAAGUUUACUUGAAUAGAAAAGCAAACAAUUUUAUUUGAAAAAUAUAGUUAUUUAGCUUAAAGUUUAUAAUCAGAGAAUUAUUUUUAUAAUUGAAAUACUUCUUGGCAUAGAUUGAUUGGUAAGUGUUGACUGAGUGGUGGUUGAGGUACCAUUUACCAAUUAGUAUUAACCAAUAUUAAAAUUAAUUAUCAGUUAAGAACGUUCCAAUAUCCUCGCAGCAUGUUAAAGUACAUGAUUAAACUCAUUAUUUUCAAUUUUUCUAGCAGUAGUACCAUUUUUUAUGGACAAUGACUACUCAUUUACUCCUUCUCUUCGAUAUUAUACUUUUAAUUAUUACUUGAAUAAUAAAAGUAAUGUUUUUUUUGUUUUUUGUAAAUUCAUUUUUUAUCAAGUUAUUAUAUGCCAUGAAUUAUUAAAAAGAUUUUAUAUUUAUUACGAAUUAUUUUUUAUGUAAAAAAAAGUGUUCGACGAAUGAAAUCACAUAACCUUAGCCAAGUUCGAUCUAGAGAGAUCUGCUUGAUGUCCUUUUUAGCAGGCUCUCAGCAACUAAAGACUGAUCGAGACCUGCAUUACAUUAAAAAUAUUUGUACAUACCUGUGUAGAUGUAAUGCUCAUUAUAAAUUUAUGCAAAAUAAAUUAUAUUUACUGUAAA